AAUGUUUUUCUGUCAUCAGUCAUCAAAUCAGCUGUGUAUCACACACAGGGAUCAUGAACAAAACAAAUGUGCGUAUUAAAUUAUCAGUGUGAAAAUGUCCACUCAGGCUAAUGACGAAAAAUCUAUUCAAUGUUUAUGAUAAACGCGACAGUGACAAGUCAUGGCCCGGCGGAAGAGCAGCGGGAUCAACAGCCUGAGGUUUAACCAGGACCAAGGCUGCUUCACAUGUUGUCUGACAACGGGUCUGCGAGUCUACAAUGUCGACCCUCUGGUGGAGAAAACACACUACAGCGCGGACGAGGUGGGCGCAGUCACGCUCUGCGAGAUGGUGCAGCGCAGCAACUGGCUGCUGGUGGUGCGCGCGCGGCGGCCGCGCAGCCUGCUGCUGUUGGACGACCAGAGCCGCCAGUUCCGCGCCGAGGUGGCCUUCAGCGAGCCCGUGCGCGCGCUCCGGGCAAGGGUUGACAAGGUAGCAGUGGUGCUAACCAGCAGUAUCCACGUGCUGUCUCUGCCGACGCUGCGUCGGGCCGCCCUGCUCCGCAUCCCCGCCGGGGGACGCCCCCUGUGCGACCUGGCGACGGCGCCCCACGCCCCCGCGCAUUUGCUGGCCGCGCCCGCGCAUAGGAAGGGGGCGUUGCAGCUGCUGGACGUAACCCGCGCAGUCAAAGGCGGCCAGUCCUCCUCCCCGGCAGUCCUGAACUGCCACAAAGGCGUGCUAGUCUGCAUGAGCCUGUCCGCGCUCGGCACCCGCCUGGCGACGGCGUCCGAGAGAGGCACCCUGGUGCGGGUGUGGGACACGGGCGCCAAGACGCUGCUGCACGAGCUGAGGCGGGGGUCGGAUUAUGCUGAUGUUUAUUGCAUAAGCUUCAACCCGUCCGGCUCGCUCCUCUGCCUGGUCUCGGACAAGGGCACGCUUCACGUGUGGUCGUGCGCGCGCGCCCCCGCGCACCUCGCCGCCGCCCCCGCGCCGCCCGCCACGCGCGCGCUUUGCGCGUUCGCCGAUGAUUCUACUACUACAGUGAUAUGCGAGGACGGCACAUUCCACAAGUUCACUUACUCGGCGGAGGGCACGUGUCUGCGGAGCGACUUCGAGUACUUCCUGCAGGUUGGAGACGACGACGAAUUUAUCCAGUAGAAAUGCAGCCAUCUUGAAAACUAACUACUUACUACUGUGAUGUGAGUUUCAACACAAAGUGAACAGACAUUCAACAGUGAUAAUAAUAACUGUGACACAAUAAUGGACGGAAUCAAAAUGUUUCAUAUAAAUAAUAUAUAAUUGAUUUAAAAUUAUGAUACUUAUAGGCCCUGUUUCACAAUGUCUGGUUAGUGGCUACCUGUGAAAUAAAAUACAUGCUGUCAUUGUCAAUAAAAUAAAUAACAGAGAGUGACAGCAAGUCUUUUAUCUUACCGGUAGCCACUAACCAGACAUUGUGAAACAGGGCCUUAUAUUUUUUUUGUAAAUACAGAAAGGACUGUUGUUUAAAGUUACAAACUUGGUGGUUUGUGGUUCCCUGCACAAUUAUCAGUGUUUUAAAAAGAAAGAUAUCUAGAUUUAGGUUACCUACGUGAAAAAUUUUAGUGGAAUAAGUUAUAGGCUUAAACAUUGUUAAGGUAUUUUACAUGAAGCUUAAAAUAACCUACUCGAACUAAAUUCGGGGUUAAAUGCUUUCAGACAUUCUGUGUAUCCUUUUUCAGGCAAAUUUUAUUGGGAUGAUUUAAUAGAAUACCAAAUGCUAUGCUUAUGUUAUCCCUCUAUGAUAAAUUGUAAAUAACCUUAAAAAACAUAAUUCAAUUUUAUUGUAAGGUGAUAAUCAAAAUAUUUGCAAUAAAAAUGACACUUAAGGCCCACGAAAUAAUAGCGAUAUCUUGUCUCCUACAGUCUAUGUCUGUCUUAUAAACAGAGUCUUAUAAUGAUGUGAUAUCUAUUCUAAAUUUUAACUACAUUUAUUUAAUCAUAAUUACGAAAUCCUCGCGUUAAUUUGUACUCAUUAGUAAUUUGUUUUGUAAUAUGGUUGGUAGAUAAGUAUUUUAUUAGAUUUUUUAGAGAUAGAAACGCAUUUUUUGUUUUCUGGUAAAAACCUGUAACUUGUUAUAAUGUUAAAAAGUGUCAGAAUAAUUCAUAGUAUGCGUGUACUUACUACAUAGGCGGUUUUUUGGUUUGACAAGGUACCAAGUGGUUUUAACCGAACUAGGAAGGAAUAAUAUUCUGCACUUUUCAACAUUUCUGUAUGUAGUAUAUUGUUGGAGUUUAUAGCAGUUUUAUUAGGAUUCGUUGGAACUCAGAAUAGAUAGGUCUCAGUAAUUAUUUUAGGGAUCCCUCUGUAUGUUUGUAAGGGAUUCUUUCUGAGAAACUUUAGUUCUCUAGAAAAAGGAAAGUUCUGAGUUUCAAUAUAAGAGGUUUGCAAUGCAUGUCUAAUGUGGAUGGUUCAAGUUCUAUUUUGCUAUUUUAUUUCUCUUUUUACGUUUAUAAAUCUAUAUUUAUUUAUAAAAUAAUCAUUAUAAAUAUUAUGGCUGCUGCUUCGAUGAUUUGACUGAAGCUUAAGCCGGUUACAAAUUUAAUGAAUGCCUAUUAUAAGUACUUAUAUUGAAUGAUAAUAAUAUUGUAUGACCUGUGUGAUGAUGAUCGCAAUAAAUACAUAAUACUUAUAUUUUGUGUAAAAUGUGAUUGUGUGGGAUUAAAUUGUAUCAAUGAUCAAUUUGAAGGCAGGCCAAAACCCUCGGCAUACUGAAAUAUAAUACAAAUAACUCAGUAGGUACUGCCUUUAUGUCGAGCACUGAUAAAAUUAUAACUUUAAAAAAACAGAUUAUUUAUACUGUAUCAAUAGAUCAUCUAGUUAUAAUGGGCACGCACAAAGCGAAAGCUGCCUACCAUGAUGUCCAUAAUACCCUUCAGCCAAUCACAGAGGAGAAUAAACAAAAUGGCGACUGAGUCAGCCAAUCGCAAGAGAGUUAUCGCGUGACGUCAACUUUGAUUAAAAUUGUUUACUACACAGUAAACUCAUUAUUAGUAGGUAGGUUUAUUAUGUUUGGUUGUACCUUUGCAUUUUCUAUUCGUUUAGGGAAAAGUUGAAUGGUGAAAAUUCGAAUAUCUUUCUUCAGUGCAACUUAAAAGGUAAAAUUAUCUUCUUGGCAAAUAUUUUAAAUUAAGAAUCAAAUAGCUCUGCUUAUAGACUGCUGAAAAUAGGCCUCAUCCGUAGCCUGCCACUAAAGUGGUUGAUAUAAUUCUAUAUUGCAGACAUAGGUAUGUUGGAUAUGUGUCUUGCAAAAUGCUUCAUCACGGUAUUACAUAACCUACCUAAUGCCAUACUUACUUAUAAGACAUUUGUCGUUUGUAAGUCUUAUCAAUUGAAAUGUUAAAACUGUAAAUAUGCUAUUAGAUUGAAUAUAAAUGGGACACUAUCACAUUGAAUAAUUUUCAAAUGAAAGGUUCUAUUCCUGGCUGAGACAAAAUAACAUCAAAGUGAAAUAUAAAUUAUUUUCUUGAAUCAAUAUUUCAGAUCCUAAAAGAUAGCAACUUCCCACACACAGCAUUGGAAAUUUAAACACAGCAAUGCAACUUUGUGUACCCCAUAAGAAAGUAAAUUUAUUGUACAAUAUGUUAAAGAGUUAAUGUCAAUAAUAUUUUCUAAAACUAAAACAAAUUUUGGCCUGUAAAUAUGAUGGAAAAGUUAUUUUUAUACAAAACUUGAUGACUAUUUGUAAACAAAUUAUGUUAAUGGUGUAAUAACUAUGUCACAUUUUAAGUAAUAUUGAAAAUUCAGUAAUAAAUUUUCUUUU